AUUUAAGUCCAGCAACUUCUCUUCUUUGAUCUUCUUAAGAAUUCUUAUGCUGUAAUAUUCAGCAGGGCAAUUAAACUUGUUUGCUAUGGCCUCCCUCAAAGUUAACAUCUGUCUCUUUAUGCUUUUUCAUGUCAUUUUCUUGCUUUCUUCUGAAGUAUUGGGCUAUGGCGGUGAAGAACUCAAGCUUUUGGAGAACAUCAAUACUUACAGGACAUCGUACUGGGACAUACCGGCCCUGACCAAGAAUAAGAAGGCAAGAUGCGUCGCAAAAAACAUUGCUGCCACGCUAGAGCAACCUUGUAAUGAAACCACUGAUGUUUACAAGGUUAAACUAGAUAAGUACCCAGAUCAAUUAGCUAACUGCAUUGACACUAACCAUACCACAGAUGGUGUAGUAUUACCGGUUUGCUUGCCUGAGGAUGGUCUAACUGAAGUUUCAUUGCUUCAUAAUUAUACUCGAACCCGGUAUGCACAUUACAUAAAAGACUCGAAUUUUACCGGGAUAGGAAUUGGAUCCAAUGAUUAUUGGAUGGUGGUUGUUUUGAACAAAAAGACCUCAACGUGGAGUAGUUCUGCAAGCGCAAAUGGUUUGGUUUCGAAGCUUGGUUUUGGUCAUGGAGUUGUGUCUUUGUUUUUGGGGAUGCUCUUUUAUCUGGUGUCAUGAGUUCUUUCUGUAACUUCUGUAUGUUAUUCCUCCAAUGGUUUGCAAUGUGAGUGUUGUUUGCUUACCUGGUGAGGAAUGGUGCUAGGAGUGUUUAUGAUUUGUGAUUGUUUUCCUCUGCCAAUUAUGGGCAGAAUGACCCUCUUUUUCAAUUAUUUUUUUGUCAUGUAAAGUGUGUUGCGAAUAAGAGAUGAAAUAAAAAGCAAGUUCUGCAA